AUGGCAAGGACCUCUAUCCAAGUCAUCCAAGAGCACGACAUUAGGAAAUAUAUCAGAAGUGUAUCAAAUGGUCGAGAUAUUUCAAAAUCCUGGAUCCGGAUGGAGUAUUGGACAUGGAAGAAGCAGCUGGCAGUCGGGCGCAGUUGCAUCAUAGUUGACUAUAAGUACGCAGGGGCUCGGUGGCUUGACCAGCAGUAUCAUACAGCAUCAGCCACCAUGAAGUUUGUGAGUAAUCCUCGCCGCUCUGGCCGCCGUGGCCGCCGCCGUCCCCCAGGGAUACGGUGCCCCCCUCCCCGCUACGACUCCAGCGAGGAGAUCGCCAUCUUGAGGAACGACUUCGUGAUCGAGGACGACGGAAGGUACAACUUCGACGCGGAGACUGCCAACGGCAUCGUGGUGUCCGAGCACGGCACUCCCGGAGACAAGGGAGCCAUCAACAGCGCCGGAUCCUUCUCAUACACUGCUCCUGACGGCACUGACGUCCACCUCCAAUUCGUGGCUGACGAGAACGGCUUCCAGCCCCAGGGCGCCCACCUGCCCGUGGCUCCCGAGUUCCCCCACCCGAUCCCUCAGUUCGUCCUCGACCAGAUCGCCUUCGCCGCCCAGGAGGACUCCCGCAGGCCCAGCGAACCCUCCAGCAGAUACGGCGCCCCCUAAUAAGCUUGACACUAAACCAACCUACCGAAUGUUGCGAGUCUGAUGCUACCGACAACCAAAACAGUCUGCGUUUUGUUUGAUUGUUUAUUUAUAUUUAUAAGUAUGUGAAUAAAUAAAACGAAUCUUAAGA